AUGCAGAUGUGGGCGUUGUGGUUAUCACUGUUGCUGACAGUGUUUGCCACAGAUUGCGCGACACACAAGCCCUUGCUACGGAGCCAAUUAGUUGCCUCCAAAGCUCUCUCAAGGCGAUUCCCCGUCGUAAAAGGGAUAUCGGCGCGCGAACAUGACCAGAGGCCAUCGUCGCUUCGCCGACUGCAGCAAAACGCGGAAAUUGUCACGCGCAGCUGUGAUUCAGGAUGCCAGGCGAACCAGCGGGAAGCCCUUGCAAGUCUUUACGCGGCUUGGGCCGGUCAAGGCUGGACGAAGAAGGAAAACUGGCUGUCGGACAUCCCGGUUUGCAAGUGGGAUGGCGUGUUGUGCUGCCUCCUCCGGCCCAUCGGUACACAGGACCUGAUUCUUUCCGACGUGAACUCAACGGACUGUCUCUCCGAGUCCAGCGGCGUGCUGGGGCUCAGCCUCCCCUACAACAACAUGAUGGGUGACGUGGCAGCCGUGCGCUGGGCUGCCUUCAGCUCCACCCUCAUGGUCCUAGAGCUCGAUGGCAAUCACCUGUCUGGCGACACGGUGACAGCCCUGAUGAUGCACUCCAAUUCUCUGUCAGGCACAUUGCCGGAGGGUCUCAUGACGCACCCCACCCUGCAGUUUCUGGACCUGGACAGCAACCAGCUCAGCGGCGCGCUGCCCCGCACCACCUUCACCUCCGCCAACCGCCUCCGCAGCAUCAGCCUGGCGGACAACCACCUGCGCGGAGCAUUCCCCGAGCCCCAGCAGGACCUGGGGACUGCCGGAAACCUGGCUCAUCUUGACAUCUCCCACAACCACCUUAGUGGCCCCCUGCCCCCCUACCUGUCCUGGCUGCGGCUGGACGACCUGGACGCCUCCAGCAACCAGCUGACGGGGCCCGUGGCGCCCCUGAUGCAAGUCAGCUCGGCGCUACUCAACCUGAAUCUGUCCAACAACUCCCUGGGGGGCUCGCUGCCGGGAAAUGUGAGGUGCAGGCAUGUCGAGUUUCUGGACUUGUCCCACAACAACCUCACGGGCACCAUUCCCCCGUCCUUCGCGGACCUGCGCUCGGUGGUUACUCUGUUGCUGAACGAUAACCCCCAGCUCAACGGUACACUGCCAGACGAGCUGGCGAAAACCGGCCAGCUGUCGUACUUUGACAUUCGUAACACGGGCAUGCAAGCGGCGUUGGCGGGGAUGACGGGGCUUCCACCGCAGGUGACAUUGUCCAGCAGUAGCGGCAGUAGCGCCUCCCCGUCCAGCCUCGGCCCGGUAAUCAGCAUGCGCUGCGUAUCUGUACGGCAUGGGUCUGGUCACGUCCCCCUGGUGCCCUGGUGGGGCAUUUUGUUGCUGGUGCUGGGGGGCCUGGUGGGCCUGAUGCUGCUGCUGGUACUGGCGUACCGCUUGGUGCCCUCGGUGGUGCGGUAUCGGACGAUGCUGGCCAAGAGGAUGCCGCCAGGUUCCAGUCGCCGUACAGGGGGAUGUGUGGUCACAUUGGUGCUCACGGACGUUGAGGGCAGUACUGAGCUGUGGGAGUGGGACACGGACCUCAUGGCGUCCGCCAUCGACCUGCAUGACCACACGUUGAGAUCGCAGAUGUCCAAGUGGUACGGCUACGAGGUGCAGACGGAGGGUGACGCCUUCCUGAUGGCCUUCCACGAGCCCGCGGAUGCGGUGGGCUGGUGCAUCACCACACAGCUGGCGCUCCUGACCGACGCCGACUGGGAUCGGGAGCUGUUCCGCCACCAUAAGGCCUGCAUUGAAACCCUGGAGUCCCUGCAGCCCACCUCCCAGGCACAUUCAGACCGCAUGUCCCUGGGGGGCGUAGGGGGAGGGGGGGGAGCGGCAACUGGACACGCGGGGCAUGUCACGGAGACAGGGUUAGCUGCGCCGCGUGCCUCACUGCCCCCCGGUGUCAUAUUGGGCUCGGGGCUGCAGCCGCCCGGAGGCGGCGGAGGCGGCGUUGGCAACGCCAGCGGGCUGAGCAGCGCGCGCUGCGGCCUGACGCCGCACCGCAUCUCCGUCGGCGGCAAUGACGACCCGGCCGUGACUGCUGGAGGCGGCGGCGGCGGCAGUGGCGGCGGCGGCGGCGGCGUAGGGUCAGUGGCAGGAGCAGCAGCCGGAGGAGGUGCAGGAGGCGGGCUGGGAGAGCGCGGAGGUGGCUCGCAGGACAACAGCCGGCAGCUCAAGUUGGCUUGCGAGGUCAAGCACCCUGAUGCAACGCUUGGCGGCAUACCCAGCGCUGCGGAGUUCGCCGACUGGACUCGAUACACUCGUCUGGGAGUACUGUACCGCGGAUUGAGGGUGCGAAUGGGAGUGGCCACGGGUGUCACCGACGCCAUCACCUCCCACGCCAUCACCCAGCGGAUGGAGUACAGCGGGGAGGUGUACCGCAGGGUGCAGGCGGUGGCGGACCUGCCGCAUGGGGGCCAGGUCCUGCUCGACGCCCACACCUUCAAUGCCAUUCACAACAACCUCAACGACCUCGGCAUCCGUGCCGUACAGAUCCUUACGCGCGACAAGCGCAGCAGCACCAACGGCGCGCACGCCGCGUUUCCCGGAGGCCCUCGUCGCAACGACCGCCGCCGGGGCUCCCGCUCCGUUCGGCAGCGGCAAUCCCUGGACCUUGCCUUCGCUCCGGAAGCAGCGGAACCAGCGCGCCUCGGCAUAUUGCACCGCGGCGGCGGCGCCGCCGGUACGGAUGGCGACGAGGACGGCGGUGCCGCCGCAGCGGCGGUGGCUGUAGCUGCCGCCGGCAGCGGCUGCAGCGGCAACGGACUGAGCGCCGCCACCUCCGGUCGUACGAUGUCCAUUGGCGGCAGCUGGAUGCGCAAUGCCGGUGGAGGUGGCGGAGGCAACGGCGGCGGUGGCGGUGGCGGUAUCGCCGUCACGCCGCUCAACUCGAUAAUGUCCGUAGUGGGCAGCCGGUUGGGCAUCAUGUCGCCUCCUUUCGCGCGGGGCUCCUCCCCGACGAUGCGCCAGUCAGCGGGACCGGAGCCCAGGCGUGUGAUCAGCGCAGCAUAUGAGGCCGUCCCUUCUCCCCCAGCGGCGCUUGCAGUCGUGUCGCCGUCGAGCGUCGGCGGAGGCGGAGGCAUCGUCAGCGGCGGCGGUGGAGGCGGCGGCAUCGGGGUUGCGGGCCUGGGCCCGGUAUUGAUCGUGGGCGAUGCGCCCGUGUCCACGUCGGACAUGGACAGUGUGCUGUACGGCGGCUCCCCCCGGGAGGCCACCCCCGCCACCCGGGCCACCGCCGCCCUCAACACCCUGGCGCGGGAGGUCAUACAGCGCCGCAGCUCGAUCGCCCCCGCCAUAUCGGUGGUCAAUAUGGGGGUGUUCGAGCUGAAUGCGGGGGGCAGCCUCGAGUACGUCAACAUCACGCAGGUACUGGUUCCAGGGCUGGAGGAGCGGGGCCGGCUGGGCAAGCAGUUGGAUUCUGUACGGCAGCUCACUCCCGGGUAUUUCAACGCCCCCGCCACCUCCGUAGCCCCCCUGGGCAGCGGACUGAGGACCGCGUUGCGGCAGCGGUGCGGCUUCCCCUUGGUGACGUUGGUGUUUUGUAGCAUGGAGAGAUUCACGGAAAUGGUGUCCGUGAAUCGGGAUCUGUCCCUGGACGUCAUGGCGGCGUACAACGACUGUGUACGGCGGAGUCUGAUGGCCUGUCACGGAUACGAGUGCCAGGAGCAGGAGGGAAAUUAUAUGAUUGCGUUCGCUCGGCCCUCCGACGCGCUGGAGUGGUGUCUCAUGCUGCAGGAAGUCAUGAUGGAGGUCGCCUGGACUCCCGCCAUGUUGCGGCUCCCCGCCAUGCAGGAGGAGCUGCACCCCCUCACCGGCACGGUGCUGUUCCGAGGUCCCCGCAUCAAGGCGGGACUCUACCAGGGGGUACCCACUCGCGUGUCGCCGCACUCCACCACCGGCAGGGCCGACUACUUUGGUCCGCUCGUGAACAGAGCAGCUCGCUACUGCCAUGCCGCGGCUCAGGGGGGUCAGCAAUUGACGACGGCGGCGGCGCCACCAGAUGGGGACGCGACGCCGUCAAUUAUGGGCUCCGUCAUGGUGCUGCCGGAGUUCCCUGGCAGCGCGUACGGCGGGGUUGGCGGCGGCGGCGGUGCCGUCAGCCGGCUGCGCCGCGUAUGCUACUAUUCGCCGUCGUCCUCGCUGCCGCCGCCGCCUCGCGGCAGCUAUGGCGGCGGCGCCACCAGCGGCACUGGCGAGAGUGACCGCGGCGGCGCUGAGGGCGUCAUUGUGAGCUCCACACCCCCUGGGGUGUCCGUGUCCGCUUCCGGCGCCCUGCCGGCCUCGCUCACCUUCGAGUACAACGGUGCGGCGGAUGCCUCGGCCCUGGCGGAGGCGCGCCGCCGCGCCGUCAACAAGCGCCGCGAGCACCUGCAAACGCAGAGCCGCCUGGGUGCGCCGUACACGUCCCAGCUAUUGCCCAGCCGGCCCACCUCCCGUCGAGUGAUUGCGCUUCCGAUGCCGCCGUCGGGAAUUGCCGCUCCCGCUCCAGCCAGCGGCGGCAGCGCUGCGAUGUCGUAUGCCGCGCCCGCAGGGCCUAUCUCGCAAAGCACCGCUAGUAGCCUGUACGGCGGCCCUGGCGGCGGCGGUGGCAGGCCGCCCGUCGGCGCGCAGUCAGCCCGUGGCACGGGCCCCGGCAUGUCGACGAUGGUGGCGGCUGGCAGCGUCGUCGCCAACGCCGCCAGCAUGCCACUACAGCCGCAGCCGCUACAGCAACAGGGCCUCGGCGCCGCCGCAGCCUGCGGCGGUUAUCCUGGUACGCUAGUGCACCAGCUACAGCUACAGCAGCAGCAGCAACAGCUGCUAUGUACCCAUUCUCACCCGCAGCGCUUGGUAAUGCGGGGCUCAGAGCCAGCCUACUUGGAGCUCACACCGCAGCUGCAGCAGGAGCUGAAGCAGGAAAUGCAGCUGCAGCUGGCGGCGCUCGGCCCCAGGGGCCCCUGCGCCGCCACCUCAGGUCGUCCUGGGACCGCCGCCACUGCCGCUCCACGUCAGCCUGCUGAUGACGACCUGCCGCCACUGCCGCCGCCGCUGCCCGGGCUGCCCGCGCGGCAUCUCCUAAGCCAGCGCGCCUCCUUUGACCUACGUUAUCUACAGCAACAACAACAACAGCACCAGCAGCAGCAGCAGGUAGCGAUGGCACUGCAUGCCCGCACCUCGGGGACCGGAAUGGGGCCGCAGACACCCGGUAACGGCCGACCGCGCUCAAGCCCCAAUAAGCCCCUUCCGCCCGCACCGUUUCGUGCGACUCAGCAUGAUCAGUUGCCCCAGCACCACCAACAACCGCCUCAACCGUCGCAACCGCCAUCUUCCCUGCAGUUCUCGCAACUACCAUCCCAACAACACCAACAGCAGCAACAACAACAACAACAGCCGCAACAGCCGCUACCGCUCCGCGCCCACGGCAGGGCGGGCAGCGGCAGUACGACACCGUGGAGUAUGGGCUCGUCACGUCGUUCCCUGGGUCACCGGAUGUCUCUUCCGCCAAGCCAGGGCCAGGGCCUGGACUGCCAGCAGCAGCAGCAGCAAUCCUGGCGGGACGCGGCGGUGUCGGGGAUGGUGGCCGCGGCGGGUAACGGCGCACCGCCGCCGCCGCCGGGCCCGCCAGGGCUGUUGCCGUCGGCGGCGCUGCACAGCGCGGAGUCCAUGCUCUCCCACGAGCACAGCGCCGCGUUCAAUGCGCUGUGGGAGGUGGCGACGGACGAGGCGGGGUUGCAGUGCGGCACCCGUGUGGAGAUGGACCUGCAGUCGGCGGUAGUGGGGGGUCUGGCCGGGGUGGAGCCGGAGCCGGGGGCGGGAGGGGGGCUGUCGUCGGCGCCUAUGGGUGGCGCCGGAUGCGGGUAUGGAGCAGGAGCAGGUGCAGGUGCAGGUGCAGGAGCAGGAGGUGGCGGGCCGCGGCUGCCCGCGGCGCUCCGGGGCGGUCCCAGCGCUCGCGCGUGUCACCGCGGCUCCUUCAUGCUGCUGGACUCCAGCCCGGGCAGCCUGCCCACCCUGUCGGAGCUGUGCAUCCGCCGCCGGGUGGGGCCGUACAAGUGGCUGUGGGCGCACGAGCUGGUGGUGGAGGACCUGGGGCAGUUCAGGUUCAAGGGGGUGGCGGGGAACCACGCCAUCGUGUGUGUAUCCACCGCGGGCACGUCGGAACGCAAACUGGGCUCCCGCGUCAAGAAGUCCAAGGGCGAACGGGUGGAGCCUGGGCGGGGGCUGCUGUACCGUAUCGUGCUGCAGCUGCCGUACAACCCUUCCCCAUGUCCCCCGGAGGGCCCCACGCAGCCGUCACUGCUGUCACCGCAAGACGCGGCCGUCAGCUUACACAGCCACGGGGCCCAGUGGCUGGCCCCGCCGCCGCCCCCGCCACCGCCGCCACCGACCGCCGCUGCUGCCGCGGCGCCGGCGCUGCCGCCACUACUUCUUCGGGCGGCGUCCCGUAUGCACCGCCUCAUUCAUCCAACGGCCAUCGGCACCUCUCCGCCGCUGCAAGGCGGUCUGGCUGGUGGCCCCUGCGCUGUGCCCAACUGCGUGCGUGAUGAAGAUGAUGGUCGCCUGGGCCUCCGCGGCAUGGGACUCCUCUGCUGGCCCAGCGGGCGAUAA